CUUAGCACCACGUGAGUUCAUUAAAGCAGCGCUUCUGCGGCCUGGCAGGUGCCCCAAAGGUGCCCCGUGCAUUCCCCGGGGCCCGAAUAUCCUGAGCGACCUGCGAGCGCAGUUGCAUUCCAGUCAUCGCCUUACUUUGCUUCCUCACUGUCGCCAGCGUCGCCGCAGCGGAGGUCGAUAAAAGCACGAAUUGGCUGAUCAGCCUGCAAGUGACCCAUCAGGGACCCGCUUUCGAUUAAGGGCCGCUUCGAGCAUCUUCUCCUGGCAGCCGGCGCCAGCGGCUUAGCUUGCUCGGGCCUUAGGCUUAGCCAGCAACCUUUUCCUAUACCAUCUCGACGACGUUCUCCGGCUCUCGGACUCUGGCAGCACCCAGCCGAUAUCUUUACUCUUCAAUACUUCGUUGUCUGCAUCCACCAAGAUGAUGAAGAAGAAGCACCAACCGACCGCGCAAGAUCUAUACCGGGCGCGGAAGCAGAGGGAGGAGCAGGAGAAGGACGCGAGGCUACCGCCAGGUUUCAUCAAUCAUGGGAACACAUGUUUUAUGAACUCGACUCUACAAGGGUUACUGGCAACGGAGCUUCUACACACCCUCGUCAAGUUCCAGGCACCUCCGCCAGCUGUACAGAACACGUUCGGUUCCUCGAUCGUAGCAAAGCGGUCACCGCAACUGACGAACGGGCAUGGCCUGGGAGGCGAGGACGACCAGCCGUGGGUGGAGGAUAUGCCGCUGGGAGACGUAUUCAUCGACGUUAUGAGGAAAGCGUGGGAUAUCCAGGAGAGUCGUACGCGGCAGACUAUGAGCCCAAAGGAAGUGCUCUUCACCAUCGGGAAGAAGUACGACCAGUAUAUGGACUUCCGGCAACAGGACGCGCAUGAAUUCCUCAGACAUAUGCUAGAUGCGAUGCGUAUGGAGGAGCUAGACGUCAUCAAGAAGAGGCAACCUCCUCCGCUGAAGGACUCUCGCAGGCGUCCUCGCCGCAAGCGUACCUUGCCACCAGCCUCCUUGACAGACGCCGGUGAGGAGAAACUGCAAUCCUUCGUGGACAUGCUCUUCGGCGGCCACCUCGCCAGUAUCCUCGUCUGCGAGAAGUGCAAGAAGGUCUCGCUAACAUACGAGGAGUUCAACGACCUCAGCCUGAGCAUCAAGCCGGAGGACUACUCCAAGGACCGGAAGCGUGACCGCUUCAAGCAGUUCGCACGAAAGCUGAGGGGUCCGUUCCGGCAGCCGGGCCCACGCUCAUCGUCGGUCCCACCGACCGACCGCCUUCGGCGCAGCAUCGAGACGCCCACGCACGAAGAGGAGGAGCCGCCAACGAACGAGGGGCCCCGGCGGAGGAGCUUCGAGCACACGACGGGCGAGGAUGCUGGACGCGAGGAGGUGGCACACGAGGAGGCGCUGGACGAGGUGAAGGAUAUGGUGCCCAUAGGUGGGUCUCCGCCGUCCGCUGCUGUCGACGACACGGAGGCGGGUGCAGAGGCGAGCGACGAGAAGGACGAGCAGGAGUCCGACCUGAAGGGUGAGGAGGGCAAGAAGGACAAGGCCGACCCGUGGGGCCGGCUCGGCAGGCGGCUGAGUGUGUCGGUGCGGAUGGGCAUGAAGGCGCUGGACCCGGGUAGCCCCAGUCGAUCUGUCGAGCGUGGCCGGAAGGUCCGGCACAAGGACAAAGAGAAAGACAAGGACAAGGAUCGGGAAGCCGAUAGGACACCAGCGCGCGUUCCAGAAACGGAGGUCGUGCGCACGUCCGUAGCCAGCCUGGGCAGUGCGUACGACAGUGGCUCGGAUGCCGGGGAUCAGUCCGACACUGCGAGGAUGCGUCUCGGCUCCGCGUCCCCUACGCCAUCGCCUCUCUCUAAUCCGCCAAUCACGGCUGCGUCCUCAAAUCCACGCGCGCACAACAUUCGGCGUCUUACCGGGCUGAAGGCCAAGCGCAAGAAGAGCAUGCGUCCCCCAAAGCCGUCACGGGAGGAGCAAGCAUAUCUGCGGCAGCUAUUAGCUGACGUGCACGUCGCGUCUAACAACCCCUUCGCGGCGCUUCAGCAGGCUAUCGCGAAUGGGCAGACGCACACUGCCGCUGCACAUGCAGUAUUGACAAAGAUGGGACACCUCCCUGGAAUUGAGGAGUGCCUCCGGAUGUUCACGGCUGUUGAGAUCCUUGACGGCGAAAACAUGGUCGGCUGCCAUCGCUGUUGGAAGAUCGCGCAUGGCUUGUACAAGCCCAAGAGACCCAGCGUCACGAAGGACGACGACGACGACGAAGCCGCAAGCGACGGUGAAGACGAGAACGAGGACAGUGGUAACAGCGGUUCGUCGGACAAGCGCGACGACUUCGAUUCUGUGAUAGCUCAGAAAGACACUGCGUCCGCGUCCGUUGAGACGUUCCCUUCCUCACCAGACCUGUCGGGCGACGGUCGUGUAUCGCCUGCGUCAACAUCCGCGCUCCACAGUACGCAGAGUGUUACCUCAUUCUCGGAUGGGCUGUCUGAUAACACGUCCGUGGUAUCUGCGCCGACGACCGUGUCUACAGGUCUGUCCCGCGCUACGAGCGAUGGGGACAGGCUGGAGAGGCUGCACGCGACGGGGCUCGUCGGCCGUACGAAGCCCAUCACGUACGGUGGUCUGCCUAUUCCGUCGAUCUCGACGACUGCACCGGAGUCGUCGCCGUCGCGUUCCGCGCCCUCUACGGAAGAUGUAGCAUCAGAAGGGGGCGGCACGCCCCGCAGACCUCCAGCCAAACUCCCGGGUGCCUCCCCGUCAGACGAUGAUCUGCUCACGCCGAGGGGCAGACGUCGCUCGAAGACGCCGGACGCGUUCGAUGCCGAGAGCGAUACGUCGGCCAGCAGCUAUGAGUCUGACACUGACGUCUCCGCGAGCACGUCCGCGUACUCAGAUGCGACCUCCGCGCCAUCCAUCUCCGUCUCGCCCGCCCAGUCUCCGCGCGCGUCGACAGAUGAUUUGCCAACUGCCAGACCCCCCGGUACGGGGCCCCCGGAACAUGCGCAGGCUGGGCCGACGUCGCCCAAGAUCUCCAAGUCGAAGCAGGUGAUCUUGCGGCGGAUGUACAAGCGCUACCUCAUCGCGGACGCGCCACCCAUCCUUGUCGUCCAUCUCAAACGGUUCCAGCAGACGUCGAAAACGUACAGCGUGUCGUUCUCCGGCGCCAGCGGUGUGAAGAAAGUGGACGAGUACGUCUCCUUCCCGGAGUUCCUCGACAUCGGGCCGUAUCUCGCGCCGCGCAGAGAAGACUACGGAUUGGACGAGGACGGGAAGGUCAAGGUCAGACAUACGGACAAGGAGCAGCGCCGGUGCAUGUACCGCCUCUAUGCCGUGGUCGUCCACAUCGGGAACAUGCUCGGUGGCCACUACAUCGCCUACACCGCGCUGCCGCCCUCGCAUUUCGCAACCAGCCCCCCGAGUACGCCUCCUGCAGAGCCGCCGACGCCUGGGGCGGCAUCUGCGUCCGGCACUGAACAUGGACACGGCGCGAAACAUCAGCAAUCUCCGCCGAGGCAGUGGGCGUAUAUCAGCGACACUGUUGUGCGGUUGACGACGAUUGAGGAAGUGCUGAAGGCGAAAGCGUACAUCUGCAUGUACGAGCGAAUCUGAGCCCGGGACCUCCGUGAUCGGCAGUUCCAAAUGGACCUACACUUCCCAGCGGACAUGGCUGUAUGUGUAUUGUGUCUUUAUAUCGCCUCGCGUCGAGGACAUGUCACCACUAAAUACUGUAUUGUGAUAACUAACUUAUAGCCCCGAACUAUCUGUUAGAAGUACCCUGUAGCAAGCUAUCCUCUGCCGUAUCUACCGUUACCACACAACGCUAACUCGAUCUCAUCGCACAUAAUACAGGCAC